UCGUCCAACAAAGCCUCUCUCUGCAUAUUCCUUCGCAAUUCCCUGCGUGUGUAUGUGUGUAUUUGAAGCACGCACACAUACACACACACACACACACACAGAGAGACAUCAAUAAAUACCAAAAUUCCAAGGUUCAAGUGUUGUAAUUCUUCUUCGCUUUUCGCCUCGCAAUCCGCUGAAUCCCUAGCUGUGAAUUGUGAUCCGAUUCAAUCCCUCGAUCAUGGCCACUCUAGUCAACAAUGUUCACGGUGCCGGAAACGGUGUACUUGGAAACGCCGCCGAGAAACUCAUUAUCGACACCGACCCUGGGAUCGAUGAUAGCAUGGCAAUCUUGAUGGCAUUUCAAACUCCAGAGGUGGAGGUCCUAGGUUUGACAUCCAUUUUUGGUAAUACCGCUACCGAAGAUGCCACACGCAAUGCCUUGAUUUUGUGUGAGAUCGCAGGCUGUCAAAAUGUUCCAGUUGCAGAGGGAAGCUCUGAGCCAUUGAAGGGUGGAAAGCCUUGUGUUGCUGAUUUUGUUCAUGGUAAAGAUGGACUGGGGAAUAUAUUCCUACCCCAACCUAAAGCUCAGAAAAUUGAGAAGAGUGCUAGUGAGUUUUUAGUAGAGAAGGUCUCUGAAUAUCCUGGUGAAGUAUCUGUACUAGCACUUGGACCACUAACAAACUUAGCUUUAGCAAUCAAAAGAGAUUCUUCUUUUGCAAGCAAGGUGAAGAGAAUAGUUAUACUUGGUGGUUCAUUCUUUGCCUUGGGGAAUGUGAACCCUGCCGCAGAAGCAAAUAUCUAUGGAGACCCAGAAGCAGCAGACAUUGUGUUUACCUCUGGAGCAAAUAUUGCUGUUGUUGGAAUAAACAUUACAACCCAAGUCAAAUUCACAGACGAUGAUCUCCUUGAACUGAAGGAAUCCAAGGGAAAGUAUGCUCCUCUCUUGAGUGACAUGUGCAAAUUCUAUAGGGAUUGGCAUGUAAAAUCUGACGGUGUCUAUGGAAUUUUCCUCCACGACCCCGUCAGUUUUGUGGCACUUGUGCGCCCAGAUCUUUUCACGUACAAAGAGGGGGUAGUGAGGGUAGAGACACAGGGCAUCUGUGUUGGGCAUACACUUAUGGACCAAGGAUUAAAAAAAUGGAAUGCGAGCAACCCAUGGACGGGUUAUUCUCCUGUUUCAGUUGCUUUCACUGUGAAUGUCGAGGAAGUUCUUAAUUAUAUUAGGGAGCUCUUGAUGAAACCCUGAAUUAAAGGCAUUUGUACUACCGUGCUGUCAGAUGUCAAAGCUUUGCCAAGUGAUAGCAUAAUAGCAUCUUAAUUGCCUAAAUUAUGUAUAAGUUAAUUUUCUUUAUUCCACGCAUUGUCGACCAGAACUUUGGGUCUAAAGGAUUCACAGUGGUUCCCAUUCUCAUCCUUCAAGCUGAUGAGUUCUUACCCCUUUUAAUCCAAAAGUUCACGUGCUAAUGAAAUUCUCUUUACAUGAUAUGAGAUUUGAAUUUGGAUUUUAUUGCUCUUCUUUAAGA